AUGACUUUCGACAUCUCAAAGGCGCGCGAGCACUUCCCCGCACUUCAGCAGGACCAGGUGUUUUUUGAUAAUGCUGGAGGCAGCCAAACGCUCGCAUCUCUCGGCGCCUCGUACCAUACCGGCUCCCAGUCAAACACCAACCACUUCGUCCUCGGGUCUUCAACAACCCAGCUCUUCAUGAACCUCAGCGCCUCCCUGCAAUUCCCCUCUGCUUCGGAAAUUAUUCUUUCUAAGAUGGAGCACGAAACUAACGUUAAGCCUUGGCUAUUCAUGGCCGAGCGUCUCAAUCUGACCGUGAAGUGGUGGGAGUCUUCAAAGGAAGAUGGAUUGAAGCUUACCGCCGCGAAUCUCAAACCGCUGUUGAACGACAAGGUAAAAUUUGUCGCAUGCACACACGUCUAUGGCCCCCACAUCGCCGUCCUCUAUGCCAGCGACAGCGCUCAGCAACACAUGAAACCCAUGUCGCACUACUUCAACCCGACCAAGACCCUCGAAGACAAGAUUGGAUUCGCAGGCUCAAACUACGAAUGCGUCCAAUCCAUUCCGGCAAUCGUCGACUACCUCUCCGGUGCCUUCCCUGCCAUCACCGAACGUGAAGGCAAGCUGCAGACCAUUUUGCUUGACUUUCUCAACUCUCGGCCUGAUAUCACAGUUCUGGGUUCCACUUCUGCUGAUAACAAAGAAAGGGUGCCGACAAUCUCUUUCACUGUCAAGGGCAUGAGCUCGAAAGCUAUCGUGGCUGAGGCGGAGAAGAUAAGUAACUAUGGGUUCAGGUGGGGUCACUUCUACUCCAAGAGGCUGUGUGAUGAGGUGCUUGGGCUGGAGCCUGAGGGCGUGACAAGAGUGAGCAUGGUUCACUACAACACUGAGGAGGAGAUCAAGGGACUGGUGGAGGUGUUGAGGAAGGUUCUGCCACAGGUAUAA